GCCCCGUGUGUUGAAUAGGGGACCGGUGGUAACGGGAUUAGCGGAGCGAGCGCGAAACAAACUAAACUUCAACUAAUCCGACGACUUCUGAGGAAUUACCGCACAGCGGCGAUGACGACGGCGAUGACUGCGACGACGACGCCGCCGCCGUUCCAGCGACAGAGGCUCCCGCUGCCGCUGCGGUGGCUCCCGGCGCUGCUGCUCGCGCUGCUCCUGGCCACGGCGAACCUCGCGGCGGCCAAACCCACGGCGGACGAGAAGCAGCGGCACGCCGGGACGCGCGGCGGCGGCGACGACACGCUGCGGGCCGUGGGCUCCGACCCCGAGGCCGUGCUGGGGUCGUACGCGGCGCGCGAGCUGCACAGCCUGAGCCCGCAAGAGACCAAGGAGCGGCUCGGCAAAAUCGUGGACCGCAUGGACGCCGACGGCGACGGGCUGGUGAGCGAGGAGGAGCUGGCGGCGUGGAUCCGCCUGACGCAGCGGCGCUGGCUGCACGAGGACGCGGAGCAGCGCUGGAGGGACCCCAACGGGGACGGGCGCCUCUCCUGGGACGAGUACCGCAACGCCACCUACGGCGGCCUCUCCUUCGAGACGGCCGACUCCUACUCCAGGCUGCUGGCAAGGGACAAGCGGCGCUUCGACGCGGCCGCUGCCGGCGGGGUGAGCGGCGGCGCCGCCGCGGGGGGCGGCGAGCUGAGCCGCGGGGAGUUCGCCGCCUUCCUGCACCCCUCCUCCUUCGGGCACAUGAGUGACAUCGUCAUCACCGAGACAAUCGAGGACGUGGAUAAGGACGGAGACGGAUUCAUUGAUCUGGAGGAAUACAUCGCCGACAUGUACCACCCGGCGGAGCCCGCGGAGACGGAGCCGGAGUGGGUAGAGACGGAGCGGCAGCAGUUCCGGCGGUUCCGCGACUCUGACGGCGACGGGCGUAUGGGGCGCGAGGAGGUGCGCGCCUGGCUGCUGCCCGUCGGCUACGAGCACGCACACGCAGAGGCACGCCACCUCGUGGGAGAGGCCGACGGGGGCGACGAGGACGGCAAGCUGUCCAAGGAGGAGGUGCUGGCCAAGUGGAGCGUCUUCCUGGGCAGCCAGGCCACCAACUACGGCGACGAUCUCAACCGUCGGCACGAGGAGCUCUGAGCUGCAACAGGAAACCCCGCGUUCUGAUUGGCCGUUCGCGUCGACUCGACGCAGCCAAUGGGAACGCGCCGUGCCGCGUUCCUAUUGGCCGAUCGCGUCGACUCGACGCAGCCAAUGGGAACGCGCCGUGUCGAGUUCCGAUUGGCCGAUCGCGUCGAAUUAGAAUGCGCCGUGCUGCACUCCUUGAUUGACUGUUGGAGUCGCGUCCAAUCCAAACACGCCGCGUUCCGAUUGGCCGACGUGUGCCCCCGGUUAGGUUGCUUGCGACUCACCGGCUUGGACCUGCCGAGCGAUCGAUUUCCCUUUUUGAACGGGAAUUGGGGCGGCAUUCACUUCCUCGGUGACCCGUAGCCCUGCAGAGGCAGCGGGGGAAGUUCCACGUUCCUAUGGCGGGAGGGGAGGGGGGGGACAUCCCGGCCCAUUGCACAACCAGUUUUGACUUCCGUACAAAGCGGUACUCAAUUUUAUUGACAUGAUGAUGAUGAUGAUGGGCCUCAAUCCACCCCGGGCAGGAUUUGAACUCGUGACCCUUGAGGGUGAGAGAAACCGCAGCGUCGCUAUGCAAUGGUCACGGGAUAUAAAUGUUCGUGUUUUUUUUAUCAGAAUCGUUGUUUUAGACUUGAAGGAACCCGAUGAGCCGUGAAGCUCUUCGUUGUCCCCUGCACGGGGCGUGGUGACGCUGCUGCGACGGUUAAAAGUCAGCGACGCUCUGCGCUCCGUUCCGUUGCUUGAGCUGCGGACGAUUCAUCGAUUUCGUGAAGAAAAGAACACUGGUCAACACAUUUUUUCUGGCACAAGGUAUUCCAACGGUUCUAAGGUUAUUUUGGGGUGCUGAUUCCAAAUCUGGCAUCAGUUUUUGUCUAUCACAUCAGGUUUUUGAGAUAUUAAAUAUUGAAUUUUUAAUCAAAACUGCAGAAUAAAAAUGUUAAAUAAAUGUGGAUAUCUACGUAAAAUGAUAUUAUAAACACACUAUCCUAAAAAUACAGCACCAUAUUUUAGCACUAAAGCAGUCACUGACUCGCAACAACUUGCAAUCAUAAGUGACAGAGUUAAUUUCGGGUAAAAUCAAUGAAAAUGGGGUAUGCCGAUAGCAUAAAAUGAGAUGUGAUAGAGAAAAUCUGAGAUCAGAUUUGGAAUCAGCACCCUGAAAUUAGUCUAAAACAGCUGCAAAAGUCCAGGCCAGAAAAAAAUGAUUUUUUUGCUGACCAGUGUAAUAAUAAGCCUUUAUGCAUGUAGGUUGAACUUAUUUCGCACCGCAUCGUACGUAGCAAACCCUGCUGCUGCUGCUGCUGCUGAUGCUGCUGCCGCUGCUGAUGCUGCUGCUGCCGCUGCUGAUGCUGCUGCUGCUGCUGAUGCUGCUGCUGCCGCUGCUGCUGCCGCUGCCGCCGCUGCCGCCGCUGCUGCUGCUGCUGCCGCUGCUGCUGCUGCUGCUCUAUUCAAGACCGCAAGCAACAGGAGGGCUUCAGCAGGCUUGCCCGAUGAGGCUGAUUGGGAUUACCAGCGAAACGUCGCGCGUCUCAAACUUUCAAAUGCUGUUGAUUCUAUCUUCAACACACACCGCUGGGGCUAAAGAAGUGAAUUGUUUUGUCCUUUGAAAAACGUGACAUUUGUUUACUGUUUGGCCGUGUCGGGUGGUGGAGGGUUACGACACAUUUAUAAAUAACGCGAUCUGACCCAAAAACCUCUAUUGCAAAUGGGUACCCGUACCCGUACACGGCCGUAUCCGUACUCUACCCGUACCUGGCCGGGUAGGGUACGGGUAUCGGGUACCUGAUUGCGACCUCUGGGAUGAAGCCAUGUUGCAGGCGCGGGUGGGUUGAUUCUAGGAACUUGAAUUGUGAGAAGAGACAAGACGUUGGGAAAUGAGUGACAAACGGUGACUCACCAGUAACUCACAGCCUACCCGUACCCGUACCCGGCCGCACCAGGGUCGCAAACGGGUACCCGGCUACCCGUACCCGGCCGGGUACGGGUAGCCGGGUAUCGAGUAGGGUACGGGUAUUGGGUACCCGGUUGCGACCUCUGUUCACCGCGCACAUCGUGCGUUGUGGUAAAACAUGCGAGCCAAACUCGCUUUGGUAGCGGUGUGUGCACGCGUGGUCCUUGAAACUGGUUGGUCUGCAGCCUCCCCCAAGGGCUGCCUGUCAACGGCUGUUCCCCUCCUGCCGAUCUUCUCCGCUCGUAGCGGCGGCAAGCGGCGGUGAAACGAGUCCGUGACGAAGAAGGCUUCAGCCGGGGGUUGGUGUUAGAGGGACAAUCGGUUUCAAGGACAAUGCUGACGCUUCAAAUCUUGACCCCAUUGGAACCUCCUUUUCCAGUAGCAAAAUAUGAUCAUUGUUUUUUUUAUCUGGCAACAAAACUGACACCUUUUGUUACAAGGAGUCAUGUUUGCAUUGACCACAAUACCUGCGGUCGGAACGCAAACAAAAAACAGAACUCUGAUAAUGUAUGCACUGUCCUUGAAGUUGAUUGGUCCACACCCGAGACAGCUUUUCUUAGAGCCUAGUCUCACAUGGUAUUGGACCAGAUGACGCCAAAUCUUGACUUAAAGCUUUCGCGACUGCUGGAAUUAAUAUUCUUCGGCUCUUUCGGCAAAGUCACGGAGGUAGGUUGAGAGAAAAGCGCUAAAACACGACGACGUUUCGAUCGCAACACACAUGCAGCCGUCGUUGGGCUUAACUUUGAAGCAGAAACUGCAUAUUUUGUGAGCGAGUGCGUUUGUGUGGACUUUUGUAAUGAAACAAGAUCGGCGCAUUCUUUACGACACAUUUUUGUCUUGUUCAGUUAACAAACUCAAUUUGCUUCACUUAAACAUUAUUUUAUACCAACAUUCGUGUAUUUUUUGCACGGAGAUCUGUGGAAAAAUUUGUUAUUUCUAGAUCAUCCGAGAUUUUUUUAUUUAUCUGCGGCCGGCCUUCCCCGUCAUUUGCGCGGAAAAUCCCGACUUCUGCUUCUUGGUGCUUAAACAUCUUAACAGCGCUGCUGUAUCUUCUUGGUUCUUUCGGUAAAGUCACGUAGAAGGGAAAUAAUAAAAUAAUAAAAAUAAAACAUAAUGAAAUACAGUUCUCACGACGUUUCGGCCACAACGCAAGCAGCCGUCCUCAGGUGAAGAACAGGUCUGUCGGAAAGACAGCGUCUGAAUGAACACCACCAAGCUUGGCAGCGUAUAUUUAAGCUGCUGGGUUAGGGGAGGAAGGGCGCCUUGACAAAGGAAUUUGAGAAUUGUAUUUUAUUAUGUUUUAUUUUUAUUAUUUUAUUAUUUCCCUGCUACGUGAUGACUUUACCGAAAGAACGAAGAGGAUGAAUCCCUGCAGUCACGAAAGCUUUCACAGCGCUGCUGUAGUAUUGCCUAAAAGGGUAAAGCUUCACCGUCAUCUCGAUCGCGGCAACGUGGGUUCCCGUAGAUUAGCGAUUUCUGAAACUACGUUUAGUUUUUUGCUUCAGGGGGUGGACCCCCCUCCCAGUGUAUAAGCCGCUAACCCCCCACACCCCCCACAGUUUUAUCGAAUGCACACGCACACACACGCACACACACGCGAAUGCACACACACGUGCACGCUCUUAUUCUCCCGACUGUUGCAGACCUGCGGUUCCGUUGGCAGUUUGCGAAAGAAAAUUGAGUGAAUUGUCUUUGUGCUGACCGCUGAAAGUCGUUUUAACAUUGUAGACAUCUUCUUUGUUUGUUCGAGGCGAAACGCUUACGCGCUCGCAUGCACAAAACACCGGGGCAAGGGCCGCCGUUCGUAGCGAGUAGCAGCAGCAGCAGCAGCGCCUAUGAAGGCUGCCGGCACUGCGGCACACGAGGGGGUGGGUGGGCCAGUAACCACGCCCGGCCGCCUUUGUCUCCCCCCAGUGGCGAUGUUUACACACCGCACCAGGUACUCAUUUGCGGCCGAGUCGACCUAGGAGAGGCCCAGCACCUGGUUCAGAUGUAAUCGUCGCUGGCGUUGGACGUGAACGGGAGUCGAACUCGGGCCGCCGGGCUCGUGGUUCAGCGAGUUUACCGCUAAACUAACGCUCCAACAACAGCCGCCAUUCGCCACUAAGUGGCGGUGACGUCAUCGCGACGCCUGUGCCAGGCUAGGUGCACGUUGAGGCCACGUGAAGUGUCGAACGCCCGCCGGCAGGAGGUCACGGGGCAGACCCAGCAGGUGCCACGGGUCGACUGACUGAGAUGACCGAGUCGAGUGGCUGAUGCACCACCUGUGCCCCCUACUGUGCCAACUUGCUGUGCUUUAGCCACAAACUACCGUUUCCCACACAAACACACGUAGACUCAUCAUGGGACUUGCAAUCAAAUCGAGUCGUAUGCAAAAAUAUUGCCACGUGUAUUUUUUUAAAUGUCUAAAUGUCUCCCAAUGUGGUGUGUCCGAGUUGUUACCUGCUGCGUGCCUGUUCAGCGCGAUGACCUCCGGGAAAUGAAUUAAGUGGUGGCGGUGACGUCACCGCGGAGCUUGUGCCAGGCUAGGUGCACGUUGAGGCGUCGAGCAAUGCACAGCGGUGCACAUUCUCAAACGCGUUGCUGCAGCGUUGUGCAGCACGACUGUGAUAAACCCACCCAGUGUUAUGGUUUGUUGUUCAUGUUUUUAAAGGACUUUGUGGUUGAAUUAAAAUGCUUAUGGUAUUCUUGA